AUGGGUACCGCGAAUCGCAAUCUAGAUGAGCCGGAAAUAGAUAUCACCUAUUCUGGCGAGUCGGAUGAUGUAUCCGACUCGAAGGCGACACCUCACGCCUCCGGAUCGUCUGGGGUGAACACUGCAAGAGCCAGUUUGACUGGCUCUGGUCACCGUGGCGGUAUCAUGCUCGAGAUCUUCGGACCAAGUAAUUCUUCUGUCGAAUUCUCGUCUCAAGCAAGUCCAUCCUACGAUAGGUCGCGUGAUGAUGGUGGUGAUGCCCCUAUGCAUCACCACGAGAGAAGCAACUCGAGGGAUCGAGCUGCCACUGGUGUCAGUGCUCAUGAUGACACCACAAAAGAGGCCAGGGACCAAAAUGCCCUGCGCCACGCUCCUCAAGUGGAGUCUCCUCGGAUGCCGUCAUCCAAAGAGUUAGAUCGAGUGGCCGGCAUGACCACCCAACGGGAUCGAAACCCGUUGUUUGACAGUAGGAGGAUCUGUGCUCCUAAUUUCAGCACGGAAACUAUCCGUGCUGAGGAAGAGUUCUUCACCGAUGUGUUUUUCAAACAUCGGUGGUACAAUGGCAACCGCGAUCGAGACGGUAAGGCCUUGGUGCAAGGAUGGAAUGCUCUCAUCCAUAACAUCGAGUGCAUUGGCCGUGAGGCCUGGCUCGGUAAUCUUGAUGCACUCUCGUGGAUUGAUUCGUGUCCAAGCUGCCUGGACAACUCGAAUCGCGCCCGUAGGGAGGCUUACCUCGAUAGUGUUUCCUACUGGAGGGCUCGCAUCUCUGCUGAGAUGGCCAAAUGUAUUAACACUUUGCAAUACCUGCACUUGCGUUCGGGGAGGUCAUUUUACGACUGCCCUUCUUCGAACGCAGCGGGUAAGUCGCGUCAUUUUGCUCGACGAGACCCAGGACAUCAACAAUCAGCUGGGCAUCGAGGCUCCCAGCUGUCCCAGGCUGGAAGCGUUAGCCAUCACCUGAGUCCACCGAAAGAUGUGGUGGUGGCGGGAACACCUGAUCCGGCUCGAGGUUCGGAUAAGAUUGAUGUUCAAGAGCUGAACCGUGUAACGGAACAGUUACAUGACGACCUGGCUCAUGAACGGACUCGGCGUUAUGAACGUCAUGACCUUGUAAAGUAUAGCUACUAUUCCAUAGCGCAUGAUCGUUCGAGCGAUCGUGCCGCGUUUGCGUUCGCGCAGCUUGAGAACGAACGUUCGGUUCGUUCUCUUCGUGACAAGCUGACUGCAGCUCGUCAGGACAUCGCGCAAUUGCGUGAGCAGGUCUCUUUGCUAGUCGACCAGACUGGCUCGUUGAAACGGGACCACUCGAAGGUGGUCUCGGCCCUUGACCGCGAAGGUGUUCUCCGCCCUUUGAAACGGGCUCGUACUAAUAGUACGGGCGGAGACGUUCAACAUUAA